AGCGAUGGGCUGCACUGCCGCAAUCGUCUUCACCUGCUUGGGUGCUUCUUACGGCACCUCCAAGUCUGGUGUUGGUAUCAGCGCCAUGGGUGUGCUGCGUCCCGACCUGCUCAUCAAGUGUAUCAUUCCAGUCAUCAUGGCUGGUAUCAUUGCCAUUUACGGUCUCGUCGUCUCCGUCUUGAUCAGUGGUGACAUCAAAUCCCCCAUGUCCCUCUAUGCUGGAUUCAUUCAACUUGGCGCUGGUCUGAGUGUCGGUCUGGCUGGACUGGCUGCCGGCUUUGCCAUCGGAAUUGUUGGAGAUGCUGGUGUACGCGGUACGGCACAACAGCCGCGCCUGUUCAUUGGCAUGAUUCUUAUUCUCAUUUUCGCCGAAGUGUUGGGUCUGUAUGGACUCAUCGUUGCCCUGAUUCUCAACACCCGUACCCAGGACGCGCCUCCCUGCUAAAUCACAAGGAUGGGUGCAGGGGAUGCAAGCUCGUGCUGAUGUCAUGCUUGGUCAGGUCUCGCUCGAUCAUGAGAAUGACCAAUGCGCGUCCUUGCCCUUUGCGCUUCGACGACAUCUACGCAGCAUCUUCGAAACCGUUCGCAGAAAUGUCAGAGCCAUUGCGAGCGCUGGAUUUGCAGAGAAGAACAACAUUCUCCAAUCCCAAUCACAAUCGUGAAAUUAAAACCCUCAUUGUGCCGUGCG